AGUGUUCUUCAUGUGAAUUUUAGAAUUCGUUAACAGCGCCCUCUCGAACAUCCGUUUACAUGGGUCCCUAUCUAAUUCAUGUAUAAGCUUGUUCGUUUCUUUUCCGGUUUAUCAAAAUGGUAGGGUAGUGCGAAUAGAGUUUAUUGUAUUUAUAAAAUCAAUAAAGUUCUGAUUUAUCUGUGUUAAUCGAUAUAAAUAAAAUCCUUUGUUGAAUUUCUAAAGUAUCAAAGGAAGUUAACAAAAAUUAUUUCCUUUUCAGGGUAUCGAUAUAAACCAUAAACACGAUAGGAAAGUUCGGCGUACAGAACCUAAAUCGCAAGAUGUCUAUUUACGACUUCUCGUUAAAGUAAGUAUUUUUACAUGCAUUCCUAACUAUUUCUUUUUCAUUAUGUCUUAAACUUUGUAUCAAUUAUAUUCUGGAUUUUAUUUAACGAAGUGAAUAUUCUAAUUUAACCUAUGUUGAAAGUGAAUUGUUUAUUACUGAAGUGUACUAUAUUGUUGUCAUAAACACGUGAGAUUUGAGACAGAUGAAUUCCUUUUGCGAACAGCACUCUGUAUCAGUGCUAUUAUAGACUGAUUCAAUUUUGUACGUUCGCUAGAAAAUAUUUAGUCAACUUUCCUAUUCCGUCUUUUUGUCUUGUGCAAAAGAUGAUUAUACUAGUUGAUACAAUAUUAUUCAAACGUUAUAUAAGAAUUAGAAUGCAUAAUCUGUGUUAAUCAUAUUGAAAUUUAUUAUUUUUAUAAUCAUAUUGAAAUUAUAAAAAAUUAAUGUGAUUUAUCGAAGUAUUUGUUUAUAUGAUGUUUUUCUUUGCUAUAGCUUUAUCGUUUCCUAGCUAGACGCACAAACUCUAAGUUUAAUAAAAUUGUCCUCAAAAGACUUUUUAUGAGCAAGAUACACCGUCCUCCAAUAUCUCUUGCACGUAUAGUCAGAUUUAUGAAGAAGCCUGGACGAGAAAAUGCUAUUGCUGUAAUUGUUGGUACUGUGACAGAUGAUGCUAGGAUUUUUGAAAUUCCUAAAUUAACAAUUUGUGCUUUACGUGUUACUGCAAGAGCUAGAGCUCGUAUAUUAAAAGCUGGAGGUGAAUUGAUUACUUUUGAUCAAUUAGCAUUACGUGCACCUACUGGAAAACGGACAGUUUUAAUGCAAGGUCGUCGUAAAGCUCGUGAAGCGGUAAAACACUUUGGACCUGCACCUGGUGUACCACAUUCUCAUACAAAACCAUUAGUAUGUUCUAAAGGUCGAAAGUUUGAAAGAGCACGAGGCCGUAGGCGUAGCUGUGGUUAUAAGAAAUAAAUUUUGUUUAUUUGCCAUCAUUUAUUAUACCAUACUGUUACAUUGACUUGGAAUAUUUAGACAUUUUGUCUACCUCUACAUCCGUUUAUAUGACAAGUUAAGGUAGUUGGAAAAUAAAUGUUGGCUUCGUAAUAAGAUCUUUAUAUAUUAAUUUUAUGUAUUAAUUCCUUCAUUUUUUACAAAGCGUACAAUUAAAACAUACAUAUAAGAUACAAGUUUAAAUGUACUACAUAGUAAGUAAUACUUCAUGUUCCAUUUUUGUUUUCUUCUGGAUUUUCUAUUAGCUCUUCUGGCUUUUCUUCAUCGUCUGAUUGUGUUUCUUCUGAAGCAGUAACAACCGGAAAAUAUAGCCUUGAUUCCUCUAUACCUUUGUCUGGAUUUUCACUUACAUGAUAAGGUCCAAUACCAGCAAAUCCUAAAAAUGCUUCGCAUCCUAUUUUCUUUACAACGCAUACAAAUAUCUCGUAUCUAAAAAUUAACAUUUAGCAGUUUUAUGUUUAAUUUUAAGUCUUAAAUCUUUCUUAAUAUUUACCCUGUUCUUUCUCUUGUAUUUAAUUCAAAGUCCGUAAUAUUCUUUGCUAUAAGUUUUGCUUCUGGUGGUUUAUCAGAUUCGAAAAUCCCGAAGUUAACUACUUCAUCUUCAAAUUCUUGUAAAACCAUUCUCAGCUCGUUUUUUCUUGUAUAGUCAUAUUUGAAUACUACUAUAGGUACUUUCGCGGUUUUAUCUUCGUACUAAAAAUUAUAAUGUUUUAUACAUGCUCUACAGUUUAUUUUAGAAAUACUUUUUUAAUUUAGAACUUACCGGAUAUGUACUAUUAGUAUAUGUGGGAAAAAUUGUACGAAAAGUAAUUGCUUUAUUUCGACAAUUUGGUGGUGUCCAUGCGAUUGGGAAAAUCUCAUUUUCAUUCGUUAUGUAGGCAGGUCGAUGUCGUAUGGCAUAACUAAAGAAGAAAGUUAAUCAAAUUUAGAUUAAGACCAAAUUUAGCUUUCGAAUUAAAAUAUCAAAUAUUUUAUUAUGAAACAUGUUGAUUUGAGAGAAUAAUUUUAUUAAGCAUUAUGCAAUCUAGGUACACACCAUUCUUCGUUGAGAAUUGUUUCUGCAUUGGGUAAUUUCGGUUCUCCAAAUAAAAGAUUUAAUAAAUAUUCAUGAAUAUCGGUUUCUGGUUUUGUUUCACUAAAUUUUAAUCGCAUAAACAUACAUUUCCCAUCUAGGAGCAGUUGUUUAGUAUUUGGUGAUAAUACGUAAUCAGACUGUGAAAAUUGUUUAAUUUAAAAAGACUGCCAUCAAAUAAUUUUUGUUAGUGAUAUGUUGAUACAUCACUUCAUUAAACAUCGUGGAUAGAAUAUCCUCAUUGAGUCGUUUUCGUAUUUCUUGUUCGACAGUGUAAUUUCCUAGUAGUAUUUCUUCAAUUAAUUCUACAUACGGUGGACUUGAUUUUUUAUCUCUUUUAUGACCUUCUUCAUCUUUAAAAAUCCAUGGAUAAAGUAAAAGACAUGUUUCUUUAUUCAGUGAAGUAGUCAGAUGCAACAUUUCAGCUUCAUAUCGUGCUACAACUUCAGCUUCUGUUUAAUAUAUUAAUAUAUAUAUAUAUAUACA